AAAUAUAUGGACGACCCGAGAUGAUUUGGUGACCCGGAUGUUGAAGAUUCUUGUGAUCUCCGGCAGAGUUGAAGAAGCAGUUGAUUUUCCAUUGCGGUUCAUAUCCAAAAAACCGCACAAGGAAAAUGGGGAGAUGGUCUAGGGUUUUCAGAUGUCUUCUUAUUUUCUUUACAUUCGCAUUCAUCUAUAUCCAGGUGAAGUUGUUUACGACACAAUCUGAGUAUGCCGACAGAGUUGCAGCUGCAGUGGAAGCAGAAAACCGUUGCAUGAAUGAGAUGCGGUUACUAAUUGAUCAAAUCAGCAUGCAUCAGGAAAACAUUGUGUUUUUGGAAGAAAAAGUAAAACGUAAAGAACACGAGUGUGAACAAUUAAGGACAGUUGUUCAAGAUCUUGAAAAGAAAGCUGUCGGAAGUUUGAUACGGGAAGCAGAGGUGCCAGUGGCAGCUGUUGUGAUUAUGGCUUGUAACCGUGCUGAUUAUCUGGAAAGGACCAUUAAAUCUAUAUUAAAAUAUCAUAGUUCUGUUGCAUUGAAGUUUCCGGUUUUUGUAUCCCAGGACGGUUCGAAUUCUGAUGUUAGGACAAUGGCGAUGGGUUAUGAUCAGCUGACCUACAUGCAGCACUUGGAUUAUGAACCUGUACAUAUGGAGAGGCCUGAGGAGUUAAUUGCAUAUUACAAGAUUGCACGUCACUACAAGUGGGCACUGGAUCAAUUGUUUUACAAACAUAAUUUUAAUCGGGUCAUAAUACUUGAAGAUGAUAUGGAGAUCUCUCCUGAUUUUUUUGAGUACUUCGAGGCUGGAGCAGACCUCCUUGAUAAAGAUAAGUCAAUCAUGGCCAUCUCCUCAUGGAAUGACAAUGGGCAAAAACAAUUUGUGCAUGAUCCUUAUACAUUAUAUAGAUCAGAUUUUUUUCCUGGUCUUGGAUGGAUGCUAACCAAACCUACCUGGGAUGAGCUUUCCCCAAAGUGGCCAAAGGCUUACUGGGAUGACUGGCUAAGAUUACAAGAGAAUCACAGAGGGCGGCAGUUUAUUCGUCCAGAAGUCUGCAGGACGUAUAAUUUUGGGGAGCAUGGUUCUAGUUUGGGACAGUUCUUCCAACAGUAUCUUAAACCUAUUAAACUAAAUGAUAUCCAGGUUGAUUGGAAGUCGAUGAACUUGAGCUACCUAAUGGAGGAUAAGUUUGUGAAAUAUUUUGCAGACCUGGUGAAAAAUGCUAAGCCACUUGAUGGAACUGAUCUUGUUUCGAAGACAAAUAAUGUGGAUGGAGAUGUGCGUAUACAGUAUAGAGAUCAAUCACAUUUUGAAAACAUUGCCCACCAAUAUGGCAUAUUUGACGAGUGGAAGGAUGGCAUACCAAGGACAGCAUAUAAGGGAGUUGUAGUCUUCCGACACCAAACCUUAAAGUGCGUAUUUAUUGUUGGACCAGAUUCCCUCCAACAAUUGGGAAUCCAGAGUGCUUAGUGUCCAUUGAAUUCAGUUGCAGGUCAAGAGUGUAACAUGCUCAACAGAAUUGGUUCAAAAACUGUCCCUUCUCGGAUAAAUGGUGGUGAUGUCUAUAUAUUUUCAUUUGUUUAGAUCUUUUCAGAGGUAUAGAAUCUUGCUGGCACGAGUUUUGCUGAGUCUUUAUGGUACCAUAAUUAUUUUCUCUAAGAAAUAGGCAGAUAGAAGCUGCAGUUACUUAUAGGAGCCAACUCGAGGCUACAGUUUUCCUUUUCUUCUGUUUCCUAUCUCGGGUUUUAUUCAAAAAAGUUCAGUGAUCGUACAUUUGAGCCACCAAGAGCACUAAUGCUUACCAUCUGAUGUUGUAUGCUUCUA